CCUUCUCGCCCUCGCCCACACACGCUCAUCUGCACCCAGCCUUCUCAUACGAGCUAUCAAGAUGGCCAAGCGUAGGAGGAAGACCAGGACUCACCUCAAAGGGCCAAACAAUUCUGCUGCCUCUUCCACGACUGCGCCAAAGUCAUUUGUCAUUCGCAGCGGAAAGGUCGGUAGGAGCGUAGGUGGACUUGUGCAGGAUGUCAGGAAGGUCUUGGAGCCGAAUACGGCCAUCAGACUGAGGGAACGCAAAUCGAACAAGCUGCGUGACUUUGUCUCGAUGUCAGGCCCACUGGGCGUCUCCCACAUGGUCAUCUUCAACCAGACCGACGCAGGAAUCAACAUGAGGGUCGCAAGAUGUCCCAGAGGUCCCACUUGUACCUUCAGAGUCAACAAGUUCGCCCUGAUGAAUGAUGUUCUCAGGAGUCAGAAGAGGCCUCGAGCUCCUGGUGGAGAGUUUGGCACACCGCCUCUGCUUGUCCUGAACAACUUCGGAGGUGAAGCUCGCCAUCUCAAGCUACUGGUCACAGUCUUCCAAAAUCUCUUUCCCCCCAUCCAAGUCCAGACUAUGCAUCUCUCCCAAGCCCGCCGAGUGGUGCUCCUUUCUUACAAUGCUCAAACAGAGACAAUCGAAUGGCGUCACUAUAUCAUCUCAGUGCGCCCGGUAGGAGUCUCGAGGUCUGUUCGCAGGGUCAUCGAGGGAACAAAUAGACCUGGCCCGAGCUCUACAGGAGCUCCUAUGAAGCGCAAGGGCAAGGGCCUACCCAACCUGGGCAACGUGGGAGACAUCUCAGAGUACGUCCUGGGGCGAGCUACAAGAUCUGGUUCCGUAGGAGCUGCCAGCGAUACAGACGUCUCCGAGGCCGAGUCUGAGCUGGAAGACAUGAACGACCCCGCCAACGCUAUCGAGCUCUCGGAAAGGUACGUUGGCAGAGGUAACGAUGCCAAUGAGCAGCGAGCCGUCCGGCUGCGAGAGAUUGGGCCCCGCAUCGAGCUCAAGUUGAUCAAGAUCGAAGAUGGCAUGGUGGGAGGAGAGACUCUGUACCAUGACCGGGUCAAGAAGACUGCCAAGGAGGCUACCGCUCUCAAGCAAGCCGUUGCGGCCAAGAAGAAGCUAAAGCAGGAGAGGAAAGCAGAGCAGGCGGCCAAUGUGGCACGCAAAGAAGAGGAGAAGGCGGCGAGAAAGACAAAGGGCAAAGAGCAAGCAGCGGAAGGGGCCGAGGCAGAUGAAGAGGAUGAGGACGAUGAUGAUCUGCCCGCAGACGGCGGAGACUCAGACGCAGACGAAGACGACGACGACUUCGAGUACGAAGACCGCUUCGCAGACUCUGUUCCUCAAGACGCACAAGAGGAGAGAGCAAACCUUUUCGACGAAGACGACGAUCUCGGUGCUGAUGAUGAUGACAUCUCCCUCUCGGAAGGCGAUGGAGAGGAUGGGGACGAAGGCGAUUCAUUCGACGAAGAAGAUGAUGACGAAGAGGAAGAGCCCUUCGACUACGAAGACGACGGCAUCAACCACGAUGACUCGGAUCUGGAUCCGAUUCCCGUCGGUCGAGGACUGAUGGCCUACGAUAGCGAUAGCGACGCUGCAGUUGGACCAGCUCCGGCGUUGUCAAAGUCAAACGGCGCGAAGUCCACUUUGAAGAAGCGCAAGGUGGACGUUGGAAAUGCAAGAGGCAAGGGCAAGGCAAGGAGAUGAUAUGCCACGCUUAGACGGAAGGAGGCGAGGUCCGCAACCUACAGUCACAAAUGCAUACUUUACCCAGGAAAGCGGCCCUGCAGCUCGUCGCAUCUGC